UUCGUCGUCGUGGAAUUUUUCUUUUUCUUUCUUGUUCAAAAAACCGUCUCAUGAACGGUGCACUUUUAAAGAUUAGCCGCUUUUAAUUUAUAUUUUAAUUGUUUGCUGUGCUUCAUUGUUCUUUUAUCAAUUUGAUAGAAAGUUAUAAGACGAUAACUAACAUAAAAUGUCGGCCCUUAUUCACGAAAAAGUUUGGCUUGAUAGAAACAUCUACAAUGAUGCGGAGCGCGAUUAUUAUGAGUCUUUGUCAAAGGGUGGAGUUGCUCCAAUAUUGUCAGCUCAAUCUUCUUUGGCAAAUGAAGUGGCUAAAGCUAGACAGCACAUCAAAAGUUCUCUAGAAUGUAUGGAGAGUGUUGCUACCCUGGCUGGUGUCCCCAACACUGAACUCAACAACAAAGUCAACAAUCUUGAGAAGGAAAAUGCUGACUUGAAAAAAGUUGUUAAUGACCUUCGCAACCUUGUGCUCAGCCUGCAGGCCCGAGUAGACAACAUUGAAUCAACCAACACCGGUGGAGCUAAAGUUGCAGCUAAACCCACACCUGCACCUGCAGCUGAUGAUGAUGAUGACGGAGUUGAUCUCUUUGGGUCUGAUGAUGAAGAAGAAAGUGCUGAGGCUGCAAGGAUCAGAGAAGAGCGCCUGGCUGCAUACAAUGCAAAAAAAUCUAAAAAGCCAGUGCUCAUAGCCAAGUCCAACAUCAUCCUAGAUGUGAAGCCUUGGGAUGAUGAGACUGACAUGAAAGCUUUGGAGGAAGCAGUGCGUGCCAUCUCCACAGACGGACUCCUGUGGGGGGCUGCCAAGCUCGUCCCACUGGCUUACGGCAUUCACAAGCUGCAAAUCUCCUGUGUUGUGGAAGAUGACAAAGUCUCCGUUGAUUGGCUGACUGAGGAAAUUGAAAAGAAUGAAGACUUUGUACAAAGUGUUGAUAUUGCGGCCUUCAACAAAGUCUGAAAAAAUCUUUUGUGUUCAUAAAAUAAAUGAUUUUUAAUUUGUAUUCUUA